AUGUCUUCAGCAUUAUCUAUUCAUCUCUUCUCCAAUCUGUUCGAAUCCUCCUUGGUGUUGCUUCUUCUUGGAGAAUUAGACCAACAAGGCUGGAUCCUUCCGGCUCUCGUACAUUCUUGCUCUAAAUUGACUGCAAACGAUGGCCACAUUUCAGAGAUUCCGUCUAGUGCCUUUGCGGGACGAGGCCGUCGGCAAAGGUUGAACCUUGUCCAGGAACACGAAUCGGACUCAAAGGCCGCAUUACCGCGGCCUAGCGCACCAGUUGCUGCCCCAGGCCAACGGCAGAAACCCACAUAUCCUUCUCAUCAAGUCUACUUCCCUCUUUCCCCCGACCACAAGCUGCUCUACGUCAUUGUCCUCAACGUUUCCCGGGCCAUAAUCACCAACUACUUCAUUCUAUGUAGCAUGACUCCUCUAGCGGCUAGCAUGUGCGACAGCCGCCGUGUCUUUGCGCUGAGCGACCUCGCCCUGGCACCUCGGAACCUAGAUGGCACCCCUGCUGUCCCUCCGUCGUUUAUGCCAACGGAGCUGCAGCAGGUGGCUCCUCAUCCCGGCUGGAUCGACCUUCUUCCGUCACCUCAGCUGCGGGACAACCUCAUCUUGGCGAUAGAGGAAUUCAACAUCAACGAAGAGGACUUGUUAUACGACUUGAUUGGGGACAUCUUUGCAAGCAUAGGUUGUGUGUACGAUGACGAUUCGGAGUCGUCGAAUAGCGGGUCGGAAGAUGACAAGGAGGCCGCUGAAAGACCAUUGGGGUUGACCCCAGAGCAAGAGUAUACCUUGAGGACUUACACCCCCUCGAGCUCUGCCGAAACCGGCAUUUUGUCAUGGUCGGAUCCCUGGGAGAUAACGGGCUGGGAGUUUACGGAGAAGUUCGUCACUAAAUGGGGAUUUUUGCUCCAUGGGUGUCCUGAUGUUGUGGCUGCUGCCAAUAACUGGAGGGCUAUGCGAGGAGAGGAUCCUCUCGUCGUGGAGCUCUAG